GAACUUCACAAUAUUUUUGCAAAUCAUGGCCAGGCUAGUAUUGGUGCUCUUCAGGGAUACACUAUGAUACAGAUGAAUACUAGUAAUAGCUUUAGAAAUCCUUCAAUUGCCCAUGACUAUGCAAAUACUGCUAGUAAUAAUGCAGUAACCAUAGGUAUUUCCAUGAUUCUAGCUGAAGCUUUUACUGAAGAUUGGCACUUAGCUAGAAGACGUCCAUCGGAUAGACCUGCCAAUGCUGUUAAUACAGGUAAUACUAAUCCUAUAGUAUUUGGUGAUAUUUGA